AGUGUUUUGUCGUUUGCACAAUGGCGUGUGUCUGCCAGUAGAUGGCAGUAAUACGUUGAGUGCUGCCAGCUUUUUCUUUCUUUUUUUUUUUCUUUCCUUUUUUUUUUUUUUCCUUCCAGGGCCGUUUUCUGAUAUAUGUUGGGUACCAUAGAGUGAAUCUCAGAACAGGAAGCGGAGGCAUAAGCAGAGAGGAUUCUGGAAAGGUCUCUUUGUUUUCAUGCCCACAGAGAAAGCAAGAAAAAAAAAAUUGAAUGUAAUUUGCAAAUCCCUGUGGUCAAAUCUGAAGAACUACAGGGGGUGGCACGUUCCAUUCUAACCAUCUUGGAUGCUGUCCUUUGUUGAGCUGUGAUUCCUAAGGCUCUCCAUCAGGCAAUUCUUAUGCAAGAAGCUAAACGCAAUUAAAUGUGCAGGAUGAAAAGAUGGCCCAGGCACUGCUGGUACCCCCGGGACCUGAGAGCUUCCGCCUUUUCACUCGAGAAUCUCUUGCUGCUAUCGAAAAGCGUGCUGCAGAAGAGAAAGCCAAGAAACCCAAGAAAGAACAAGACAUUGAUGAUGAGAACAAACCAAAGCCAAACAGUGACUUGGAAGCUGGGAAGAACCUUCCAUUUAUCUAUGGAGACAUACCUCCAGAGAUGGUGUCAGAGCCUUUGGAGGACCUGGAUCCCUACUAUGUCAGUAAGAAAACUUUUGUAGUGUUGAAUAAAGGGAAGGCAAUCUUUCGAUUCAGCGCCACCUCCGCCUUGUAUAUUUUAACUCCACUAAACCCUGUUAGGAAAAUUGCUAUUAAGAUUUUGGUACACUCUCUAUUCAGCAUGCUUAUCAUGUGCACUAUUUUGACCAACUGUGUAUUUAUGACAUUGAGCAAUCCUCCAGACUGGACAAAGAAUGUAGAGUAUACAUUCACUGGGAUCUAUACCUUUGAGUCACUCAUAAAGAUCUUGGCAAGAGGAUUUUGCUUAGAAGAUUUCACAUUCCUUCGUGACCCAUGGAACUGGCUGGAUUUCAGUGUCAUCGUGAUGGCAUAUGUGACAGAGUUUGUGGACCUGGGCAAUGUCUCAGCGUUGAGAACGUUCAGAGUUCUCCGAGCAUUGAAAACAAUAUCAGUCAUUCCAGGUUUAAAGACCAUCGUGGGGGCCCUGAUCCAGUCAGUGAAGAAGUUGUCUGACGUCAUGAUCCUCACUGUGUUCUGUCUCAGUGUGUUUGCUCUGAUCGGGCUGCAGCUGUUCAUGGGCAACCUGAGGAAUAAAUGCUUGCAGUGGCCCCCAAGCGAUUCUGCUUUUGAAACCAACACUACUUCCUUCUUCAAUGGCACAAUGGGCUCAAAUGGGACAUUUGUUAAUGUAACAAUGAGCACAUUCAGCUGGAAGGAUUAUGUCGCAGAUGACAGCCACUUUUAUGUUUUGGACGGACAAAAAGAUCCUUUGCUCUGUGGAAAUGGCUCCGAUGCAGGACAAUGUCCAGAAGGGUACAUCUGUGUGAAGGUUGGACGAAACCCCAACUAUGGCUACACAAGCUUUGACACAUUUAGCUGGGCCUUCUUAUCCCUGUUUCGACUCAUGACCCAAGACUACUGGGAGAAUCUUUACCAGUUGACAUUGCGUGCAGCUGGGAAAACCUACAUGAUAUUUUUCGUCCUGGUAAUUUUCCUGGGCUCAUUUUAUUUGGUGAACUUGAUCCUGGCUGUGGUGGCCAUGGCCUAUGAAGAACAGAACCAGGCCACGUUGGAGGAGGCAGAGCAGAAGGAGGCGGAGUUUCAGCAGAUGCUGGAGCAACUUAAGAAGCAGCAGGAAGAAGCUCAGGCAGUGGCUGCAGCCUCGGCGGCAUCCCGAGACUUCAGUGGGAUAGGAGGGUUAGGAGAACUUCUGGAGAGUUCUUCAGAAGCUUCCAAGUUGAGCUCCAAGAGUGCCAAGGAGUGGAGGAACCGGAGGAAGAAGAGGAGACAGAGGGAGCACUUGGAGGGAAACCACAGAGCCGAAGACAGGUUUCCCAAGUCGGAAUCUGAAGACAGUGUCAAGCGAAGAAGCUUCCUGUUCUCCCUGGAUGGGAACCCGCUGACCGGCGACAAGAAGCUGUGCUCUCCUCAUCAGUCUCUCUUGAGUAUCCGUGGCUCCCUGUUUUCCCCAAGACGCAAUAGCAAAACGAGCAUUUUCAGCUUCAGAGGUCGGGCGAAGGACGUGGGGUCUGAGAAUGACUUUGCCGAUGAUGAGCACAGCACCUUUGAAGAUAGCGAGAGCAGGAGAGACUCACUGUUUGUGCCGCACAGACCUGGAGAGCGACGCAACAGUAACGGUACCACCACUGAAACGGAAGUCAGGAAGAGGAGGCUAAGUUCUUACCAGAUUUCGAUGGAAAUGCUGGAGGAUUCCUCUGGAAGACAAAGAGCCAUGAGCAUAGCCAGUAUCCUGACCAACACCAUGGAGGAACUUGAAGAAUCUAGACAGAAGUGUCCACCAUGCUGGUAUAGAUUUGCCAAUGUGUUUUUGAUCUGGGACUGCUGUGAUGCAUGGUUAAAAGUGAAGCAUCUUGUGAAUUUAAUUGUGAUGGAUCCAUUUGUUGAUCUUGCGAUAACAAUUUGCAUUGUGUUAAAUACACUGUUUAUGGCCAUGGAGCAUUAUCCCAUGACCGAGCAGUUCAGCAGUGUGCUGGCUGUGGGAAACCUGGUCUUCACUGGGAUCUUCACAGCCGAAAUGGUCCUUAAAGUCAUUGCCAUGGAUCCCUAUUAUUAUUUCCAAGAGGGCUGGAAUAUUUUUGACGGAAUUAUUGUUAGCCUGAGUUUAAUGGAGCUCGGCCUGGCAAACGUGGAGGGGCUGUCUGUGCUUCGGUCCUUCAGACUGCUACGAGUCUUCAAGUUGGCAAAAUCCUGGCCCACACUGAAUAUGCUCAUUAAGAUCAUCGGCAACUCGGUGGGCGCACUGGGCAACCUGACCCUGGUGUUGGCCAUCAUCGUCUUCAUUUUUGCCGUGGUCGGCAUGCAGCUCUUUGGAAAGAGCUACAAGGAGUGUGUCUGCAAGAUCAACGAGGACUGCAAGCUGCCGCGCUGGCACAUGCACGACUUCUUCCACUCCUUCCUGAUCGUGUUCCGUGUGCUGUGUGGAGAGUGGAUAGAGACCAUGUGGGACUGCAUGGAGGUCGCGGGUCAGACCAUGUGCCUUAUUGUGUUCAUGUUGGUCAUGGUGAUUGGGAACCUUGUGGUUCUGAACCUCUUUCUGGCCUUAUUGUUGAGUUCUUUUAGUUCAGACAACCUUGCUGCUACAGAUGAUGAUAAUGAAAUGAACAACCUCCAGAUCGCAGUGGGAAGGAUGCAAAAGGGGAUUGACUAUGUGAAAAUUAAGAUACGGGACUGCUUCCGAAAAGCAUUUUUUAGAAAGCCAAAAGUGAUAGAAAUUCACGAAGGCAACAAAAUAGACAGCUGCAUGUCCAAUAACACAGGUGUUGAAAUAAGCAAAGAGCUUAACUACCUUAAAGAUGGCAAUGGAACCACCAGUGGUGUAGGUACCGGAAGCAGCGUGGAGAAAUACGUAAUCGAUGAAAAUGACUACAUGUCAUUCAUCAACAACCCCAGCCUCACUGUGACUGUGCCCAUUGCUGUGGGAGAGUCUGACUUUGAGAAUUUAAAUACAGAAGAGUUCAGCAGUGAGUCAGAACUGGAAGAAAGCAAAGAGAAAUUAAAUGCAACCAGCUCUUCUGAAGGAAGCACAGUGGAUGUUGCUCCACCCCGAGAAGGUGAACAAGCUGAAAUUGAACCUGAGGAGGACCUUAAGCCAGAAGCUUGCUUUACUGAAGGAUGCAUUAAAAAAUUUCCCUUCUGCCAAGUAAGUACAGAAGAAGGUAAAGGAAAAAUCUGGUGGAAUCUUAGGAAGACUUGCUAUAGCAUUGUGGAACACAACUGGUUUGAGACAUUCAUUGUGUUCAUGAUUCUCCUCAGUAGUGGCGCUUUGGCUUUUGAAGAUAUAUACAUUGAGCAACGAAAGACAAUCAAAACCAUGCUGGAGUAUGCUGACAAGGUUUUCACUUACAUCUUCAUCCUGGAGAUGCUUCUAAAGUGGGUGGCCUAUGGAUUUCAAACCUAUUUCACCAAUGCCUGGUGCUGGUUGGACUUCUUGAUUGUUGAUGUUUCUUUGGUUAGCCUAGUAGCCAAUGCUCUUGGUUACUCAGAACUUGGUGCCAUCAAAUCCCUACGGACACUGAGAGCUCUCAGGCCACUCCGAGCCUUAUCCCGCUUUGAAGGCAUGAGGGUGGUUGUGAACGCUCUUGUUGGCGCAAUACCCUCAAUCAUGAAUGUGCUACUGGUAUGCCUCAUCUUCUGGUUGAUCUUUAGCAUCAUGGGUGUGAAUCUGUUUGCUGGAAAGUUCUAUCACUGUGUUAACAUGACUACGGGCAACAUGUUCGACAUGAGUGAAGUCAACAAUUUCAGCGACUGUCAGGCUCUUGGCAAGCAAGCCCGGUGGAAGAAUGUGAAAGUCAACUUUGACAACGUUGGGGCUGGCUACCUGGCGUUGCUGCAAGUGGCCACAUUCAAAGGCUGGAUGGAUAUUAUGUAUGCAGCUGUUGAUUCACGGGAUGUCAAACUGCAGCCUGUAUAUGAAGAAAAUCUGUACAUGUAUCUAUAUUUUGUCAUCUUCAUCAUCUUUGGGUCGUUCUUCACUCUGAAUCUAUUCAUCGGUGUCAUCAUAGACAACUUCAACCAGCAGAAGAAGAAGUUUGGAGGUCAAGACAUCUUUAUGACAGAAGAACAGAAAAAAUACUACAAUGCAAUGAAGAAACUUGGCUCCAAAAAACCUCAGAAGCCCAUCCCUCGGCCUGCAAACAAAUUUCAAGGGAUGGUCUUUGACUUUGUAACGAGACAAGUGUUUGACAUCAGCAUCAUGAUCCUCAUCUGUCUCAACAUGGUGACCAUGAUGGUGGAAACGGACGACCAGAGCAAAUACAUGACCCUGGUUUUGUCCCGAAUCAACCUGGUGUUCAUCAUCCUCUUCACUGGGGAGUUCCUGCUGAAGCUCAUCUCUCUCAGAUACUACUACUUCACAAUAGGGUGGAACAUCUUUGACUUUGUGGUGGUGAUCCUCUCGAUUGUAGGAAUGUUCCUUGCUGAGCUAAUAGAGAAGUAUUUCGUGUCCCCUACCCUGUUCCGAGUCAUCCGCCUGGCCAGGAUUGGACGAAUCCUACGCCUGAUCAAAGGCGCCAAGGGGAUCCGCACACUGCUCUUUGCUCUGAUGAUGUCCCUUCCUGCCCUGUUCAACAUCGGCCUCCUGCUUUUCCUGGUCAUGUUCAUCUAUGCCAUCUUUGGGAUGUCCAACUUUGCCUAUGUUAAAAAGGAGGCCGGAAUUGAUGACAUGUUCAACUUUGAGACCUUCGGCAACAGCAUGAUCUGCCUGUUCCAAAUCACCACCUCUGCAGGCUGGGAUGGACUUCUGGCCCCCAUCCUCAACAGCGCACCUCCCGACUGUGACCCUGAUGCAAUUCACCCUGGAAGCUCUGUGAAGGGAGACUGUGGGAACCCAUCUGUGGGGAUUUUCUUUUUUGUCAGCUACAUCAUCAUUUCCUUCCUGGUUGUGGUGAACAUGUACAUCGCUGUCAUCCUGGAGAACUUCAGCGUUGCCACUGAAGAAAGUGCAGAGCCCCUGAGUGAGGAUGACUUUGAAAUGUUCUACGAGGUCUGGGAGAAGUUCGACCCUGAUGCCACUCAGUUCAUAGAGUUCUGCAAGCUCUCUGACUUUGCAGCUGCCCUGGAUCCUCCCCUCCUCAUCGCAAAGCCAAACAAAGUCCAGCUCAUUGCCAUGGACCUGCCCAUGGUGAGUGGAGACCGCAUCCACUGCCUGGACAUCUUAUUUGCUUUUACAAAGCGGGUCUUGGGUGAGAGCGGAGAGAUGGAUGCCCUUCGGAUCCAGAUGGAAGAUCGGUUCAUGGCUUCUAAUCCCUCCAAGGUCUCUUAUGAGCCCAUUACCACCACUCUGAAACGCAAACAAGAGGAGGUGUCUGCUGCUAUCAUUCAGCGUAAUUACAGAUGUUAUCUUUUAAAGCAAAGGUUAAAAAACAUAUCAAGUAAAUAUGACAAAGAGACAAUCAAGGGGAGGAUUGACUUGCCUAUAAAAGGAGAUAUGGUUAUUGACAAAUUAAACGGGAAUUCCACCCCAGAAAAGACGGAUGGGAGUUCCUCUACCACCUCUCCUCCUUCUUAUGACAGUGUAACAAAACCAGAUAAGGAAAAGUUUGAGAAAGACAAACCAGAAAAAGAAAGCAAAGGGAAAGAGAUCAGAGAGAAUCAAAAGUAAAAAAAGAAACAAAGAAAUGUCUUUGUAAUCAAUUGUUUACAGCCUCUGAAGGUAAAGUGUCUGUGUCAACUGGACUCUAGGGAGAGGUCCAUGCCAAACUGACUGUUUCAACAAAUACUCAAGGUCAGUGCCUAUACCAGACAGUGACCUCUGUCACUGCCACUCUGUGAGACAGGGUAUCAACAUUGACCAGAGGUUGCUGCUUCCAUUACCAGCUGACACUGCUGAGGAGAACUCCAUUGUGAAAGUGACCAUCAUCACGCCACCAAACACCAUUAGUACAACACGCCUGUCAUCUAUUUUUAACAUUCACAUUUGCCAUAUUUUUACAAAAUCUGUCCCGGUGUAUCUUCCUGGUCCCCACUUCAUAGUCUGUUCAUAAUAUUAUGUCACUAUUUUUGUAAAAUGAAGUUGACGUUAAGGGAAAAUAUAUAUAUAUAAGAAUCCCAUGUUGCUAAGUCCACAAGUUUCUCCAGUAAUUAUAAAAAAAUAUUUUGCCUGAGAGAUGAAAUUAUUGCUCAAAACUAAGAGAAAAUUAAUUGUAAUGUUAACAGUUUC